UUGUGGCAAGAGAAGCUUGGCAGAACCAUUUGGCCCGUAACGACUCUGUUAUUGUGGAACUAUUCCACGGUCAAUUAAAGUCAACUGUGGUCUGUCCGACGUGUCAUUACAAAUCGAUUACGUUCGAUCCGUUUGCCUCGCUUAAUUUGCCACUCCCCGAUCCGCUCCGAUACACACGAGUUGUCUAUUUAUGGCCAUGGUUGCCUCGAUCCGAUGGUGAGAUUGGACCUAUUCGAAUGGAACUGAGCGUGCCGGCCGAGUUCUUCGUGCAGGACUUAGUCAACGGUCUACAACAACAGCGGGCACCUCAUUCUGGGUGUGAGUACUACUUGACGGAUGUGUACAACCAUUCAAUCAAUCGUCCAUGGCAUCCGAGGCACGUGAUUCGCGAUCCGCACGGGCCUUCGGUGUUCGCCUACGAAUUGCCCCCAGGUGACCUCAUUCCCGUUCGAUUCCGCCAACCCAGUUCAAACACAUCUGGCUGGGUCGGGAUUCCAUUCUACAUUAGCGUGACUCGACGCGACCAAAUUAUGGAUGAAGAGUUCCUAAUUCAAGCGGUCAGCUCUCGUCUGCGUGCGAUCGGGAUUCGUUCGCUUGACCCGAAUGACAUGAUCCAGACAAAUGUGAACAGUCUUCCCGGAUUGAAUGACGCAAAAGCCGGGGAUGAUCUAUUCCCCGGACCCAGUUCCCGAAUUCAUCAGAUCGCAGAUGAUGAUCAUCAAUCGACAUCCGGUCACGGCCUAAACAAAUCGGGUCAACUGUCCAACGGAGACGAAUGCCCGGUGGGACGAUUCCUUGUCGGGCGCGUCUCCCUGUUUGACGGUAUUAACCGCAACCUCACCCAUGCGUCCGAGACAUUGUCCUCAUUGGAACCAGGUACGCUUAUCAAAACUUUAUUUUUUCAUUGUUUGCUGUGCAUCCUUGACUUGUUCUUUGUCUUUCUCGUCGGUUAA